GGAUUACUCUCUCUCUCUCUCUCUGUUUUUUUUUUUUUUUACAUGAACACCAACAUUGUUGCAUUCAUUGUGGCGGAUCUGGGUCCGUGAGCGAGAUUGGAGUCCCUUCCUUGGAUUCCCUUCGCAUUUAACACCUCUAUAAUUUCGAGUAACAAAAGUUCAUUUGUAUGGAUUCAGGAACCUGAUCUCGAGAAGAAGUUGCUGCUUGAAUCACAGUAGGUUUCAAUUGCAUGCUAGUCCAGUUGAGCAAGAAUGAAGCUUCAGUACUGAAAGUUAAUUUUUGAGGGAAUAUCAUUAUAUUGAUAAGUAAUCAUUGCUCCAUCUCAAAUCCAGAAAUUGAAGCGGCCUUGAGUUUGGAUGAGACUGGCAUUCAGGUUCUAUGUUUGAAAUCUCUACAUUGUAAUUCAAGACCUGGAUAGAACGGUCAGGAUGCUGGAGCCUGACUUAUGCUCUUCACGAGUAUUAUCGCCCUUCCGCGAGGAAAGUGGAGAUGAAGAACUUUCGGUUCUUCCGAGGCACACUAAAGUUAUAGUCACUGGUAACAAUAGAACCAAGUCUGUGUUAGUGGGACUGCAAGGCGUGGUCAAGAAAGCCGUCGGCCUCGGAGGUUGGCAUUGGCUGGUCUUGAAAAAUGGGGUUGAGGUUAAGCUGCAAAGGAAUGCAUUGAGUGUGCUAGAACACCCUACCGGGAACGAAGAAGAUGAUCUUGAUUAUGAUAACUCUAGCAGUGGAUCUGAAAUCCAUGAAAAGGACAACGAUUUUGCUACUAGUAUUGACUUUCACAAGCCCGGCAAGCCAAGAGUUAGACAUUCGAAGCCUUAUAUGCAGUCUAUAUCAGCAAAGGCAAGCAACCGUGGAAGUUACAGAGAAGUCCAUUCCAUUCUCGCGCCUCAGCCUAGGGUGAACUUGGCAAACAUGGGAACAGAGUCAUUGUGGAGAUAUUGCAGGCAUUUUAAACUUUUGAACAGUAAUUCGAAUCCAACUAGGGAACAAAUGGUUAGAGCCGUGCAGCGUCAUUUUGCUUUGCAGCUUAAAGUGGACGAGGUACCAGUAAUCAAAGAGUUCCUCCGCGGGGCCAAGAGGCUGAAGGCUGUUGACCCACCUGCCGAGUCACAACUCUGAAUGACUUGCGAUUGUAAUUAUAUGAUAUACAUACAUAUAUAUAUAUAUAUAUAUUAGCCCUAACCUUAGACCUUAGCUGCUAAUUUCAAACUCCAGAGAGAUUGAUAGGCUGGUUGGCCUGCCUGAGUGAGCGUUCAAUCUCGCCAAAUCUGACCUUGUAAUAUCGGGUUGAUUCCCUAGUUUAUAUGAUAUGCCUAGGUAUUAUAUCUCU